UAGACUUAGUUCAGAAAACACACUGGCUGAGAGCUCAGCAGAGCACAGAAGGAUCCUGGCACCUUCAACCUCAGAAACAUCUUCAGAAAUGGAUGGGGCCUGGGUCUACCUGGUGACAGGAGGAUGUGGGUUUAUCGGGGAGAAGAUCGUAGAGCUCCUGUCUGAGCAAGACUACAUCAAAGAAGUCAGAGUUUUUGAUUCAGUAGCAAAAGGAGAAGUAGAAUAUCUCACCACAGCCACCACUCGUGUGACAGCGGUGAACGGAGACGUGCGGGACUACGAGGCGCUGCUGGCUGCCAUGCAGGGGGUGCACGUGGUGAUCCACACGGCCGCCCUCGUGGACUACAGAGGCACAGUGCCCUUCUGGGAGAUGAGAGCCGUCAACGUGGGGGGUACUGAAAAUGUGUUGAGGGCCUGCCGUGCCCGGGACGUUCCAUACCUUGUCCACACGAGCUCCGUGGCCGCGGUGGGACCCAACACCUCGUGUGAGCCCAUGUUCAGAGGAAAUGAGGACACUGAGUACAGUGGGGAAGUGGAGCUGCCCUAUGGGAAGACAAAAGCCAUGGCAGAAAAACUAGUGCUUGAAGCCAACGGAAAAAAGCUGAGCCAUGGUGGGAAGCUCACCACCUGCAUCAUCCGAGCCAACACCGUGUACGGGGAGAAGGCAGCGUUUCUCCAGGAGCUCUACCGGGGGGCCAAGGCCAGGAAGGGGGUCCUGAACUUCCUGGAGCCUGAGGACUCGGAGCGGAAUCACACCUACGUGGGGAACGUUGCAUGGAUGCAUGUCCUUGCAGCAAGGAACUUGCAGCUGAAACCAGGCUUACUGGCAGGACAAGUGUACUAUUCCUAUGAUGACACUCCAACCAGGAAAGGUUUCCUGGUCAGGCACCAGCUGCUGUCCACUGCAGACCCCUCGGUGAGACUGGGCUCCCACAUCCCCUACUGGAAGAUGUGGUUAAUGAUACAACUGCACAAGAUAAUCAGGGUCAUCUUGUUGCCCUUCUGGAAGCCACAGCCUUUCCUAAACCUGCCUUUGCUGAACACAAUAGUCACCACCUUCUCCUACGAGACAGACAAAGCCUCCAGGCAUUUCGGGUACAAACCCCUGUUCACCUGGAACGAGAGCAGGCACAGAACUGCCCAGUGGCUGAGAGCAGCUGUGGGGAACCUGGAAUCCCCCCAUCUUCCCAGGAAGAAGAACUGAACCCCACUUUUGGGGUGAGGAGAUCGCUCAUCCCACCGGCAGGUUCCACCUGAGCUUCGCAGCACGUGCAGAUCUCUGGCAGGAACUUUGCAAACACAGGAAUCCUGGUGCUGAGACAGAGAAGGAGCAAAACUCUGAGGCUGCAAAUACAUACACCUGUCAUGCCAAAAUCUCAGCUAUUUUGUGUUGUCCUGUGAAACACCAGGGUGCAUUUGAAAGCUUCCUCUCUUGCAGCCACGUGGGGCUCAGUCACUGCCAUGGUGCCAGCACUGCAUGGGGUCACUCCUGGGAACAGGACAGACAGGCUCAGGGGAGAAAGGGUGCUCAAAAAACACCUUUUUCGUGAAAUUAGUUGACCAGUUUUGUUCCACAGCCUAAGAAGCCAUGGCCUCAGACAACUGGUGGGAUGUCUGUACUGGCUCAUACACUAAAGGGUAUUCUUUUGUAUAAAAAGCAGACUUUUUUGUAUGAAAAGUGAUACUUUUGGGGAAGAUGAGGAAAACCCAGCAAGUUCUUGUUCUGCUUUAGGGUCUAAUAAACAGAAAAAAAAAAAUCAACCUCUUUUCCAGAACUGCCUUUUGCAAGAUGCUUCCUUAUUUUUGACACGUAGAAUAUUACAUCUGUUUAGAAAUAUUACCCCUCUGAAAAGAAACCUCCAACCUCUUAUGCUAACAAUGUAUAGGCUUAAUUCCUAAUUGCAUGGAUGGAGAACUGAAUGUCUACAAGCUCAAAGGUGGGGCUCAUAUAUUUUUAAGUCUGUCCCAGCACUCCAGCAGCAAAGCAAAGCAGAUUAAAGCCCACGUUCAGCUGCUGUGCUGGCAAACAGCAACUUCAAGUGAAGGCCUGAGGGGCUGCAUUUAUGCUAAAUAACGUUUGAACUUGAGGAGGGAGAGGUCACUUCAGCUCAUUCCGUGGCUCUGCAGCUACACAGUCCAUCUGGGAGCAGCGUUUCACAGAUGAUAUUUUCCUAACACAGAUGGGGACAGGCACUUCCAGAAAAUUCACAACAAAACUGUGGUUUCUAUCAGUUUAUCGGCUUCUCUAUUUUUAAGACAUACGGAGGGGCUGCUAAAUCUCCAUUAUGCACAGCUGAGAUUUCAGUUUUCACUCGAGCUUGGAGGAAUGGGGCAUUUUUACAAUGCUGGUUCAAAUCUAAAAUUAACUCUGUUGGUAUCACACUUCUGUGUUCUGUGAAUACAUACCCAUCUCAAGUGUUCCUAGAGUAAAAGUGUGCACAGGCACAAAUCAAAGCUUAUUUUAAUUAUGAGCACCCCAAUAAUCCUGGAAAAAGCAAGUUUCAGCAUGGCAUCCUUGACAGAAAUGAUCAAAAUUUGCUUCCUGUUAGUCCCUGUAAUUACCCAGGAAGGAAAGUGGAGCAAUACAGCGUGAGCUGCCAAGUCACAUUUGCUGAAACUCACUCUCACACUCACUCUUUCUCAAAACGAGCUUGCAAAUCAGAAAUCAGUGGCUCUGGUAAUUCAUUACUAACUUUAUAUAACAAAUAAAUUCGGGCAAAACUGUUGCAGUCUGCUUACAGGGAAUUUGAAAGGUUGAAGUGUGUAAGUGAGCAGUUCCCUACUGUUUUUUCCCCCUACCAUUUGUGAUUGGGGGGGGGGGGGGGUGUGUUUAAGGGAGUAAUAAAAUUUCUGGGUUUUCUGUUUUCGCUAAAAGUCUCUUUGCAGUUUUUUUGCCAUUAUCCAAGCGGUAGCUGACAGCCCUUUAAGAAUUUGAUGAAGAAAUCCGCCCUCAAUCCCUCGCGCACAUCGCCAGGGGCAUCGCCCGGUGUGUCGGCGUUGACCUCAACAGGUUUCUAACGCUCCUGAAACGAUGGAUUUAUCCUGCCAAAAAAGAGCCACUGGGUGGAGCUGCGAGUCUGGGAACAGGCACCAUCCUCGUGGGAGCCUGUGCUGCGCCCGCUGGGCUUUAGGUGCUUUUUAAAAGAAUUAAAAUCCCUGCCCAGGCAGCAAGGGGUGGGAGCCUCUGCCCAGCCAGGUCUGUCCUCAGCCUGGGGCACUUGGAGUUCUGGACUUCCCUUGGCUGGCGGGAAGCAGUUUUAUCUUCCCGUAGCCAUGGAAUCAAAGAGAAUGGAGAAAUUUAUUUUUCCACUCGGAACUCGUUAGAAAAGAAUAAAAGUUUGCUUUCUGUGUUUAAAAAUAGAAUUAAAUCUGGCACCCCGAGCCCCGGGAACGCUUGCGCAAGAACAACACGCCGGUGCCUCCGGUCCCAUUCAGAGCCCUGAGUGUGCUCCUUUGUGGGAUUUGGAGCUGCUGGAGAUAUCAGAUGGGAGAGUUGUCAAGCCCCAAUACUAUCCCAGAGAUUAAUGCCUUACAAGCUUGCCUGCUUUCAGAAACCUCGCUGGGAACCUCAUCAUGCUUUUGUUCCUGUCCUGCUCAUCAUCACCUCUGAUUCUGAUGCUUAUCAGGAUGCAGAUGACAUGCAGGAUAAGCAGCAGGGAUUUUCAAAGGUGGUUAAGUGCAGCAUUUUUCAAAAGCAUCUGAAUUAGUUGGCUGCUCAGCUUUUUUUUCAUACCUACCCACCUCCCAAGCUUUGACAAAAGCAAGCAGAGGAUUCCCCUUCCCCGUUCAUGGCAGAAAUGGGGGGAAAAGUUAGACAGCAAAGCCUCUGUGCUGGUUUCCAAAAAGAUGAGUAAGCUUCCUUUGGCUGCCCUGCCUUUUGGCUCCUCCAAGCUAAUGCUGCAGCAGACUUCCUGUUAGAUCCUUGAUUUUAUCAGAUUAUAACUUGUUUUCCCCUGGCAAUGCUUUAAUUCUUUCUACUGCAUUGGGUUGUCAUUGGCUUUUCUUUUCAGGGUCUCAGCCCUAUUAUGUAACAGCAGCAGCAAGAAAAAAAAAGAGAAAAGAAAAAAUAUUUCAGAUCUGUUUCUACUUCUGGAGAGGAGCCUUUGUGCACAAUUACUCAUCCAAGAGAUUCAGCAGGGAGAAGCAGAGCUGGAGCACAGAGGAGACAGAUGCAGGCAAUCUCUGCUGCAGGAGCAGGGAGGAUGAGCAAGGAGUGCCCUGACAGAAAGACACCUGCUGUAUUUUAAACAUGGCUAAACUUCCCCAGGACAAGCUGGAGUUGCUGUCUGAGCUGGAACGUGGCUCUCCCUCUGUUUUCCAUCCUGCAAUAUUCCCAUGUGUGCGCCGAGCGCUCACCCCCCAACACGCACACUUCAAAGAGCCACAUGCCUAACCCUGUUUGAGUUUCUGUGCAAGUCUCUGUUCUUGUGGAAUGUCUGAAGGAAGAGAAUUUAGUAAUAUCACAACUCAAGCCAAACACACAAAACCAAGCAAAGGAUCCCCAAAUUAAAAAGAGAAUCUCAACCCAGUUACUCAUUCAUCUGCAUUUUCUGCCGCGUUCCGUCUUCUCCCGGCGUGUUCCUGUCAGACAAAGCCCUCUGGGCAGAGACCAUCUCUUUUGGUGUCUGGUACAUCAGUCACGGAGGUAGUGCAUAGUAAUAAAGGAAAACAGAUUCCUGGUAGGAGUUAAACCAGUCAGUCUGGUACCGUAAUUGGAACAUAAUCUCAUAUUGACAGUAUUUAACACAGGAUGUGCAGGGAACAGAUGGCAGCAAGCCAGGCCUCCAUCGGCCUGCAAAUAUUGGAAAGAGAUUUUCCAAGUCCAGCUCCUGAGCCUCAUCUCCGAUGUCGGAAGCUUCGCUUCCCCGAGCGGGCCCUGAGCCACUGGCUAAUCCCGGUUAAGGCCCCACACGCUCCUCUGCUCCAGGCCCUGCAGACACCCAGAGCUCCCACUGCCAACUGCCUUGGGAGCACUUAGAGAGGGAGCUGAAACAGCAGCGAGGGCAAAAGUCUCCAUAAUCCAUUGGUCCAAACAGUCCCAAAGCUCUGGAUGCACCUGUGAGCCUCUCCCUGGCAGAGGGACCUGCCUGUGGCACCAGGCACGACCCCUUAGUGCCAGGGACACCCCCCGUGUCACUGUGCUGCUGCUUUCCCCUCGAAAGGCCUCAGUCCUCCCAGGAUCUCCCCAGAACGUGCUGGCAACAGUGACUGAUUCCUUUCUCCAAGCCCAAAACGCUGAGCUAAAGCAGGUGAAAGGAGAGGAAGCACAUUUAUUCCAAGGCUCAUCCCGUGGAACAGAGUGCAGACAGGGGCUCAGCUUUCCAAGGGUGUGGGAGAACCACACCGUGCUUCUCAGAGCUGCUACAGAAAGUUCAAAUUGAUUUUUCUCUCUUUCAGCAAUUAAUUCCCAUUAAUCAACUUACUGUACAAUGCUGCGCUAUAAUUCACGAAUUUUAUGCACUAUAUGAAUAAAAUUGCACAUAUAUUUU